UGGAAUGAGCCACGUCAGUCAGUGUGUCCCUGGGGCUCUCAGAGUUUCCUUACAGUAGCAGCAGCUGUUUGCUCUCUCUCUCUCUCUCUCACCUUCCCUCCUUCCCUCUCUCCGUCUCCUACACACCCCCAAGCAGCCGUAGCAGCAUGAUCCUGAUGACCAUGAUCGCCCGGGUGGCGGACGGGCUGCCUCUCGCCGCUUCCAUGCAGGAGAAUGAGCAGUCAGGCCGGAACCUACAGGAGUACCAGAACCAGGCCAAGCAGCUGUUCCGGAAGCUGACGGAACAUUCUCCGACCCGGUGCACCCUGGAGACAGGAGUCCUGAUGUUUCACUACCUGAUAGACCGGGGCGUCUGCUACCUGGUGCUGUGCGAGGGGAACUACUCCAAAAAGAUGGCCUACGCCUUCCUGGAUGACCUGCAGGCGGAGUUCAGCGAGCUGUAUAUCAAAAAGGUCGCGACUGUCUCCAGACCCUAUGUUUUUAUUGAAUUCGACACCUACAUCCAGAAGCUGAAGAAGUCCUACAGUGACUCCUGGUCUCGCCGGAAGCUGGGCUCCAUCAACAGCGAGCUCCAUGACGUCCAGAAGAUCAUGGUGACCAAUAUCGAGGAGGUGCUGCAGCGAGGGGAGGCGCUCUCGGCGCUCAACACUAAAGCCAGCAACCUCUCCACCCUCUCCAAGAAGUACCAGCAAGAUGCCAAAGAGUUGAACUCCCGGUCACGCUUCACCAAAGCAGCAACCACGGGUAUCUGCCUCUUUAUGGUCAUGCUCUACUUCUGGUGGUUGUGACCAGAGCUGCCACUGGACAGACGGAUGGACACGGUGGCGACACGGGAAUCAAGAAACGCGGACCUUCACCUUGCAACGUUCUGGAACACUAACCAAACUGUACAGCCGGGGCAACAACGUCAAAACGGACUCUCAAACAUUGGACCGUCCUGGGCGCUCGUCUUUUUUUUUUGUAGGCGUUUCUCAUCAUUGAGCAGACGGCGGAGGUGGGGAUGAGGGGAUACUGGGCGCUACCGAACGCACAACACACCCAAUUUCAUUAAAAAACAAACUGGCAUCGAGUGCGCACAGGGCAGGGUCAGCAUGGGGUUAGAUACAGAGUACAGCUCCCUCGACACAGUCCCCCAUCAAACACUCCCAGGAUCAGGGCAGGGAUUAGCUACAGGGACAGCAUGGUGUUAGAUACAGAGUAAAGCUCUCUCUACAAUGUCCCCCAACAAAUACUCCCAGGGACAGGGCAGGGAUUAGCUACAGGGACAGCACGGGUUUAGGUACAGAGUACAGCUUCCUUGACACAGUCCCCAUCAAACACUCCCAGGGCAGGGAUUAGCUACAGGGACAGCACGGGGUUAGAUACAGAGUACAGCUCCCUUGACAUUGUCCCCAUCAAACACUCCCAGGGCAGGGAUUAGCUACAGGGACAGCACGGGGUUAGAUACAGAAUAAAGCUCUCUUUACAAUGUCCCCCGACAAACCCUGCCAGGGCAGCACGAGGUGAGCUCUGAAGUAGCUGUACUCUGCUCUGGCUUCAGUCUACUGGAGACUGCAGGGAGAGGCUGGGUGUCCAGGUCUGUCUAGGACUUGGUCUGCCUCUGUUUCAGGCAGGGAGUGUAGAUCUGCCGUGAGUAUGCAGUGGAUGGUAAACCGGAUUACAAAAGCGGGGACUUUUGUUUUUGUUUAGCAAUUGUUUUGUUGUCUCAUUUCGGACUGGGGCAGACAGACUGAUUCAGGGGAAGCGACAGUGACCUUACUUAAACAGCACCAGAGCCCUUUCCCUGAUCCCCAGUCUGAAUGGUUGUCAUUUUGAGACUCGGUCAUCAAGAAUAGUCUCAUGAACUCGUGGUUCUUUGUAAUUUUGUUUGGAUCAACCUCCUCACCCACAUCCUGUUAAAUUGAUGCAAAAUACUGCAAAUGCUGAAAGCCUGAAAUUAAAACAGAAAUUGCUGGAGAAUCUCAGCAUGUCUGGCAGCAUCUGUAGAGAGAAAGAAAGAAUUAACGUUUCAAAUCGGUUAUGACUCAAAGUCCAAUGAAGAGUCGUAAUGGAUUUCAAAAGUUAGCUACAUUUCUCUCUCUCUCUCUCUCUCCAAAGAUACUGCAGGGCUGUGUUUGAACUAGCAUUUUCUGUUACUUUUUAUUUCCGUAUUAAAUCAGAUUUUCUUUUGAAAAAUAAAGAAAUCUUCUGAAAA